AUGCCUAACCUGACCCUCUUUGUAAUUCACCUCCUAUGUUACAUUUCCAUACCCUUUUUCGUAAUUUCGCAGUUUUCUCCGGCCGAGAGAGCCACCUUGCUGAACUUAAAAAAGUCAUGGAGCUACUCUCCGAAAUUCCUCCAAUCAUGGAACAACGCGUCAUCGCCCUGUAGCUGGCCGGAGAUUCGGUGCGCCGGCGACAGCUCCGUCACCGGAAUUUUCCUCAACAACUACAACAUCAGUGGCGUUGUCCCGAGCUCCAUAUCCGCCUUCCAUAACCUAAAAUCGCUCGAUCUCGGCUACAACCACUUUACCGGGAAGUUCCCGGCCGACAUUCUAAAUUGCUCGAAGCUCGAGCUUCUCGACCUUUCACAGAACUAUCUCGUAGGGAAUAUACCGGCGAAUAUCGACCGGCUCGGAUCACUUCACCACCUCAGCCUGUCGGGAAACAAUUUCUCGGGCGACGUACCUCCGGCGAUCGGGAACCUGACAGAGCUGAGAACUCUGCUUCUGGACACUAACUUAUUUAAUGGGAGUUACCCGGUGGGGAUUUCGAAUUUGUCGAAUCUCGAGAUUCUGACGCUGGCGGACAAUCCAUUCCGGCCGGCGGUUGUACCGCCGGAGUUUGGCGAGUUGAAGAAAUUAUACGAGCUUUGGAUGACUCGGGCGAAUGUGAUUGGAGAAAUACCUGAGAGCUUAACAAACCUAUCGAGUCUAAGCAUUUUGGACUUGUCUAUGAAUGAAAUGGAGGGUUCACUUCCAAACGGCUUGUUCUUGAUGAGGAAUUUGAGUUUCGUCUAUUUGUAUGAAAAUGGCUUUUCGGGAUGGAUCCCUCAGGUGAUCGAGUCGUUGGGAUUGGUUGAGAUUGACCUUGCAAGGAACAGCUUGACCGGAAAAAUUCCUCAAGAUUUUUGCAAGUUGGAAAAAUUGGAGCUUUUGAAUCUUUAUGUAAAUAACCUGUUUGGUGAAUUGCCUCAGGGAAUAGGGCUUUUACCAAACCUUAAGACUUUGAAGAUUUUUACCAAUAAUUUGAGUGGGAUAUUGCCGCCGGAAAUCGGCAUUCACUCGAAGCUCAAGGAUUUUGAAUUUUGCAUGAACAAGUUCAUCGGGAGCUUGCCUCAAAAUCUGUGUGUCAACGGUGCUUUGAUUGGUAUAGUUGCUUUUAAGAACAAUUUAAUCGGCGAAAUUCCAAAAUCACUCGGCAGCUGUAAAACUUUAAACAAUGUGCAGGUAUAUGAAAAUAACCUUUCAGGUCAGAUUCCAUUAGCCCUUUUCUCUUUACCAAAUAUGAUUCUGUUGAUGUUUAGUGAUAACAAGUUCACGGGGAAGCUCCCGAGUAAAAUAGGGGCUAACGUGAGUACAUUGGAGAUGAGUCAUAAUCUUUUCUCCGGUGAAAUUCCAACCGAUUUCUCAUCUUGGUCUAGUUUAGUCGUGUUUAAGGCGAGUGGAAAUAGGUUAUCAGGGCCCGUCCCAAAAGGUUUGACGAGCCUUCGUCAACUUACGACUUUGGAACUCGAUGGAAAUUCACUCUCCGGUGAAUUACCAUACGAAAUAAUAUCGUGGAAAUCACUUACUCUUUUGAAUCUUUCUAGGAAUAAGUUAUCGGGUCAAAUCCCACCAGGGCUCGGUUCUUUGCCUGUCCUUCUUAAAUUGGAUUUGUCGAAUAAUCAACUUUUGGGUGAGAUCCCACCUCAGUUAGGACAAUUGAGGCUCACUUUCUUAAAUCUUUCUUCAAAUCGACUCACGGGACAAAUUCCUGAUGGCUUUGAUAACAUGGCCUUCAAUAGAAGUUUCAUGAACAAUCUGAACCUCUGUGCCACAAACAAACUCUCCAGUGUUUCCAGCUGUCGUGUCGAAUCUCAAAAAACCAGGAAAGUAUCACCUGCACUAAUUCUUUUGAUUCUUUUUUCAGCAUUGCUUCUUUGUUUACUUGCCAUUUUCGCAUACUAUAGAAGAAAGAGGCUUAGAGGUAACAAUAUUUCAUCUCUCUCAUCCACAAACGUAAAAUCGGAUCAGUGGGUUUUGAUGUCAUUUCAAAGAUUGGAUUUUACUGAGGUUGAUAUUCUGUCUAAUUUGGCCGAAAGUCAUAUGAUUGGCUGUGGUGGUUCGGGGGAAGUGUACAAAAUCGCAGUGAAUAGUGAUGAAAAUCAAUAUGUUGCUGUCAAAAGAAUUUGGAGCAGCAAGGAAACGGAUCAUUUGCUCGAGAGAGAAUUUGAAGCCGAGAUUAGAAUUCUUGGUUCGGUUCGCCAUUUCAACAUCGUGAAGCUUCUGUGUUGCAUCUCGAGUAAUGAUUCGAAGCUUCUUGUUUAUGAGUUCAUGGAAAAUCAAAGUCUUGAUAGAUGGCUACACAGGAAAAACGGAAAAGAUUUGUCUUGGAGUAGUUCUAUUGGUAACUUUGUUUUGAAUUGGCCUACAAGGCUAAGAAUUGCAAUUGCUGCAGCACGAGGCCUUUGCUAUAUGCACCACUAUUGCAAUCCUCCUAUUAUUCAUCGCGAUGUGAAAUCGAGCAAUAUUUUGUUAGAUUCGAAUUUUAAUGCCAAAAUCGCUGAUUUUGGCUUGGCAAAGCUUUUGAUGAAGAAAGGAGAGGCGAACACUGUGUCUUCUGUUGCUGGCACCUUCGGCUACAUGGCUCCGGAAUAUGCAUAUACAUCGAAAGUGAACGAAAAAAUCGACGUAUACAGCUUUGGAGUUGUGCUGUUAGAACUCGUGACCGGAAGAAAGCCCAGCACCGGAAAUGAGAACAUGGGCCUGGCCGAUUGGGCUUGGGUCCACUGUCAACAGGAAGAGCCAAUGGUUCAUGCUAUUGAUAAGGAGAUGAGAGAAGAGUGUUGCUUGGAAGACAUGAUAUCGGUUUUCAGGCUGGGGCUUAUGUGUACAAAUCGAUCUCCGGCAGGUAGACCUUCGAUGAGAGAUGCUUUGCUGAUGCUUCAACAGUUGAGAUUUUGCGAUGAUGAACUGAGAGGAAAAGAGCUUAAUGAUGAUUAUAUGUGGAGUUAA